AUGGUCCUGAGAAAAGCCAGUACGACACAAAUUUCUUGGGGAUUGAACACUCGUAUAAGACGCGCAAUCAUUAUUAUUUUAUUACAAGGAUUAGUAACAUACCAGAUCCUUAGGUCGUGGACCACGGACCCUUCAGCAAAAAUUAUAUACGAAAUUGGUGAUCAGGUAUACCUGGCUAAUGUGUCUCGUUUGCCUAGAAUUCAAUUCGAUUUUUCUUCGAUAGAAGAGACGAAUGAAGAAAAAGCCAUCAGAAUAAAACGACAAGAGUCAGUUAGAAAUGGAUUUAUCCAUGCUUGGAAUGGCUAUACUAAAUAUGCGUGGGGACAUGAUGAAUUGAAACCUGUUAGCAAUGAAAGUGAUAAUAGUUUUAAUGGGUGGGGCGCAACUAUAGUUGAUUCUCUAGAUACCAUGUGGAUAAUGGAUUUGAAGGACGAAUUCAAUAGAUCUAGAAAGUUCGUGAGCGAAGUAGAUUUUUCCGUGAGCAGUUAUUCGGUUAACGUUUUUGAGACAACGAUUAGAUAUUUGGGUGGAUUGUUAAGUGCAUUCGAGUUAUCAAAAGAUCAAAUCUUCUUGGAGAAGGCACACGAAUUAGGAGUUAGUUUAUUGGGUUCCUUUAAUAGUCCCUUCGGAUUACCUUAUAAUGAUAUAACUCUCUUAGAAGAAGGCAGCUUUCCCGAAACUUCAAGUAGUGCCUUAUUAGCUCGAAUUGGGAGUUUAUAUUUGGAAUUUACAAAGUUAGCACAGUUGACAGACGACAGCGACUUCUUCUUUCUUGUUAACAAUAUCACGAAUUUCAUUGAAAAUGCCAACAUAACCAUUCCAGGGUUAUACCCUAUCGGAAUUUCCUAUGAAACCGGUGAAUUUUUUUCUGAUUAUAUUUCAUUUGGAGCUAACGGAGAUAGCUUUUAUGAGUAUCUAAUCAAAGAGUAUAUACUCGUUGGAGGCGCACUUGACCAAUACCGGAGAAUGUAUAUCCAGUCGGUCGAAAGCAUGCAUCAAUACAUGAUUAAAGAAUUUUCGAUAAAAGAGCGACCUAACAUGUUGUUUUUAGGUGAAUUGUAUAACAAUAGCUUCGUUGGAAAAAUGGAUCAUCUGGUCUGUUUUAUCCCGGGAAUGUUAGCGAUAGGUUCAAAGAUUUUGGACCGUCCAGGAGAUCUCGAAACCGCGAAAAGGUUAGCGGAGACAUGCUACUGGUUAUACGAAGACACAGAGACUGGAAUUGGUGCAGAAGUGAACAUGCUCAAUUUGAUUGAAUCAAGCGAAACUACAGAUGAAAAUGAAAUUUUCUCAGAUAAAAUUUUGAGAACGGAUAAGAGAUAUUUGCUAAGACCAGAAACGAUCGAAAGUUUAUUUGUCCUGUAUAGGGUGACAGGAGACAAGGAGUAUCAAGAGAAAGGCUGGAAAAUUUGGCAGGCCAUUGAUAAAUGGUGCAAAACACCUACAGCGUAUUCGGGACUGUAUGAUGUGACAUCAACAGAGAGGCCACACAAUGACAACAUGGAAAGUUUCUUUUUGGCAGAAACAUUGAAAUAUCUUUAUUUAUUAUUCAGUUCACCCACACAUAUUUCAUUGGACACCUAUGUAUUCAAUACCGAAGCACAUCCAUUGUUAAGAAUGGCUAAAUCUUACUAA